AUGGUGAACAAGUGUGCUGCCUAUGGUUGCAAAAGUGGAUACAAAUCAAAUGCUGCGAUAGAUGCUGAAAACAAAGUGUCUUUUCAUUCCUACCCAGUCAAUGAUCCUGAACUUUGUGCAAAGUGGAAUAAGGCAAAUCCACGAAGGGAUUUUAUUCCAAGCAGACAUUCAAAGAUGUGCUCUUUGCAUUUUCGACCUUUGGAUUUUGUUGAUAAAUAUUCUGAUACAAAUUCAACAAGAUAUAAAAACAAAACAAGCAAUAGUGAGUCAAGAAUCAAGCGAGAAUUAAAGCCUGGAACAAUUCCAACAAUAUUUAAUGCACCAUCAUACGCAUCAACAAUCGAGCAUCUACCGAGACCUACAACAAAUUUAUCUGCUGCGUGUCGUCGAGAAGGUGAAAUAAAAAGAAUAAAUGAACUUGAAAAUGAAUUCAACAAAAGUGAUCAGAUAAUAAAUUUGAGUUUAGAAGAAAUUCUAUAUCGUUUAAAAAAGGAAACAUCUGCUCCAAGUGGAUACCAAUAUCAAAUCUUCGAAAACAGUUUGGUAUUGUAUGAAAUACAUUUUGACAACUGUUGCCCUCAUAUCAAAUCAUCUAUCACCAUAGAUGAACAAAAAAAUAUAUCCCUGUUUAACAAAGGUCGAGAAGUUUCAAAAUCAUUUGUUGAAGGCAUCAUCAACAAAAAAGUUGACACCAUGAAUCAGCUAUUGAAUGUGAUGGCUAGACUUAAAAAUUUGCAAACUGAUCAUGCGAAAGUAACUUUUGAUGAAGCCAAAGCUGCAGCUAAACAACAAUUAAAAUGUUGCUUGGGUUCUGUUGAUGACGAAAAGAGUCUUUUUUGCAAAAUUGUUGAUAUGCUUGUCAUUGAGGAUGCUAUUAUCAUUGAUAAUAAUUACUGUGUUAAAAGUCAUGAUGUAAAACGUAUGAUUGCUGAACGAUUUUCGCCGGGCGACAUUCGAAUUCCGCACCACGCGGUCCCGAACCGCGUCCGCAUACGAAUAUCCACCCGAGCCUUCGCUUCGGCGGAGUCUUUCCUGGCCGGGAUCCGCCACUCUACAAUAGACCCUCUCAGGGUCUGA